AUGGUCCUGUCAUUCUCAUGGGAAAGCCCGAGAAAAAAGGGCCCAAGACAACUGCUGGACACUGCAUUGAAUCGAUCGCGGCAGUAUCCACUUUCUAUCCAGUUCUUCUACGAGACUCGCUCUGAGUCUGAUUUGGAUGAGAUGUACAGUGACUUGAAGUGUUUUCAGCUAUUGAUGAAGCAGUCUUACCGAUGGCGGCACAUAUAUUUCGACAUGCCAGAGCGUUUCUAUGACAUGCUAUCCCCCAUUCAGGGACACAUACCUCUUCUCGAAUCCCUCCAUCUUACACUCGGCGAUGAGACCUCCAUCCUCAUGCGCGAUCCUUGGACUGAAAUAGCCUUUGCGCAGGCUCCUUCUCUCAAGACCGUCAAAUUCAUCGGUCUCUCCAGAAGUGUGAACUCCAAUCUCCCUUUUUCUCAGAUAAUCUCUUUCUCUGAUACACGCCCAUACAAGGGUCAUGAACUGACCCGUCACUUGCUUUCCGUUCUCCGUGAUUUUCCCCAGCUUCGAUCGUUCGAGUACCUCUCAUCUGAUUUCCGACGCUACACAGAUCCAUUCUUUGUGUUGGAUCCCCGUGUGCGAAAUCCUGGCGUACACACACUGUCUGCGUGCGACUGCUCUUUCCUUCGAAGCCUCGAGUUGCCUUCUCUGAAAGAAAUGGAAUUGACGACGGGAACGGCGAAUUACAAUCUUGAUACGGAAAUGAACGUCUUUUGCCCGCCUGGUGCACUCGAGUCGCUCAAGGUGUUAAUUUACAACUCCGACUGUGCACUUACGAAGCUCACGAUUGCCCACGCCCGUAUGAAUAGUAAUCUCAUCGACAUUCUGGAAUUGUCGCGGACGCUCUCCGAGUUGAACAUUCAGAUUAGAGCAUGGACGGCUUUGGCGGAUGAUGAUGUGCUCCGUGCUGUUGUAUCCUCUCUAGCGGAGACCGAUGAUCACGGACGGCACCGUGUCAUUCCUUACCUGCGUUCACUGUCUAUUGAGGCAUGCAGCUUUGUGCCCAGUAUUGCCCAUUAUCAUGCGACGUUUUUUGACCGCAAGUUCGUUGAGAUGAUCUCAUCUAGAGUGAAGGUGGUCAAUCCGUGUCUUCGUUCCUUGAAUGUCGUACUACAAGGACAGCUGGAGUGGUCUCUGACAGGUGGCGACGAGGAUAGGCUGAACUUGUUGUCCAAGGAUGGUCUUCGGGUUCAUCUAGAGAUGGACACGGAUGACUCAGAUUCGGAUGCCGAUUCGGAUUCGGAUGAUUUAGGUUUUGGCUUUUGA